AUGAUCGCCUUCUCUGGAUUCCUUCUUCUGUUUUUUUCUGUGUGCUUUUCAUACGUCUUUCUGGUAACUAGUUGGGGACAGAAGUAUUUACAAUCCACCGAUACACCCAAUCCACACUUCUUCUCAGCCAAGAUAGCAGCGGUCAACUCAGAUACCUUGUUAGCAAGUUCAACAUCGCACCACUCUGGUACGAUAACCCAUGUCAAUAUUUUGAAGAAUCAUCCCAGGGUGGAAACCUAUCUUCCCUCCAAUCUUUCAAGUAGCUGCCCCGGUGCCGGCACUCGAGGUUUGAAACUCAAGAAAUCAACAAAAAAGAAAUUACGGAAGCGAUCAAAUGGGGUCCUAGAAUGCUUGACACUGGAUACCACUUUUGAAAGUGUUGCUAAUUUUGUGGGAAAGAGUGCUAAAGCUAGACAGGAAAUUUCUGCUAAACGCUUGAGACAAUCGCAACCACCUCUUCCGACGAAUUCAGAAAACAAUGCGGACAAAGUUGUCUCAGACUCCAGAAACAUAUAUCAUGAAGACUCUGUCGAGGCAGACAAUUCUGACUCAGAUGAAACGGGGCCCCUCACGUCGAAGACCCCCCAGUGGAAAUUGGACACUUAUAGAAAGCAUCUCAGCGACCUGAAGGGUGCUUCCCUGAUUCUUCACAAGGGGAAUCGAGAGAAAUGGCAGUCACAGGAAGUCUACCGGGCCGAAGAGGACGACAUUAAGGCAUUUUUCAAACAGAUGAAACCGGAUUUCAGACUCUGGUCCUUAUUUAAGCUCUAUAACUUCCUCAUUGAUAGAUCACUAUCGGAUAAGGAGAUUUGGUGGUCUGAACAAGACUACAUUGAUUUACAAAAGAAGUGCGACUACGAAUCUGAUAAGGUCCAUCUUACCAUACAGAUUGGCGAUUUGAUACAACCUCAUCUGUCAAAGGAACAUUCUAUGCUGAGUUUGGAAGAAAAAGAGCAAGUCAGAAAUGAAAUUGUCAAGCUGUUCAAAACAUUCAAGCAAUCCGAAAAAUCAUACGACAAGAAAUGGACCACUGGUCCCGGAAAACAAUGGCUGAUCGAGCUUUUCUCAAGGAACAACAGCGACGAAACUGGCUAUACCUCCUUCAUUAAAUAUCUCGGCUCUGAGUCCCACCCAGAUGAGUGGAAAAACUCUCUUGCAAGUUUGGCACAAAAACUGGAGGUCAAGGGAUGGGCCCCACCGUCGCUACAAUUUACAUGGCUAGAUCUGGGUUUCGAGGUAGAUGAAAUGGAAGAGCUACUAUGCAUGCUGGAAGCUUAUAAAACCCCCAAUGUCAAAGCAGCUUAUAGCGCAGCACAAGCUUCACAACUGGCAGAAGAUAAAAAGCAAGCGUUGCUACCACUUGCUUAUUCUUCCGAAAAUAUGACAAGACGAUUUGUGGAACUGCAUCGGUCAUUGUCUAAUCAGUCAAAGAAACGGAGGCUCAUGCUUAAAUGGAUUUCCGAGAAUCUCUUUUCCCACGACAAGAUAGAUGAAUCAAUUUUAAACAUAGGAAAAUAUGCUGCCAACACCCCCUAUGAUCGCAUUGGAACCAUUUUCAAGAAAUCUACUUCCAAAAAAUGAAAAUGAAACAAAAAUUAGUUUGUAGCACAAAAGAUGAAUGUACCUAUGUACAGUGGGUAGCCAAAUGCUCUCAUUACUCUUCUUUCUUUUGGGGGACAAAGGGGAGUCCUAGGAGGCCUCCUUGGCCUUUAAAAGAAGUGGUGACAACUUAUGGCAACCCACUGCACACAUCAAAUUAAUUACAUAUCCACAAUCCAGAUCAUAGAAGGCAAUACUUUUACAUAGAUUUUUUGAUAUACAUACAUGAGUAGUUCUGUUGUUUCAUUUUAUUACUGAUUGAGCUCUACAAUUAAAAGCAGAAUUUGUAAUAGUGAUAUUUAUGGGACUUUGGGUUGAAAUAGUUCUGAUUUUAUACAUAACUGAAAAGCAUCUUAUAUUUGAACAAACCCUUAGUUUUUGUAUCUUUUUAUCCUUAUGUGUUAUUUUUUUCUCCUUCUCCUUCUCUUUCUCCUUUCCUUGUCAUGGUACAGCUUUUCCUUCUGUUGAAACUCCAUGCUAUUUUUCACAAGAGCACAUAGAGUUCAACUAUAAAAAUAAAAAAGUAUUCAAUUGCUCCUUAA